CUGCACUUUGCCGACGAGCAUCUCUGCCGUCCUGUCUUCAGCGCCCCACAGUCCUCCCUGCUCCCCUCACCAGCCCGGAUCUGCGACCGUAACACACACAUACACACACACACACACACACACUGGGACUCUGAGGAGGGAAACAGGCAGAGUUCAUGAAUGUAACUCCGGUCUGUCCAAAACACUGCGCCGUUUAACCUGGAUAAGUCCGUCCCGGCGAGAGGAAGACAGCGGCUACCCGAGUGGAGUGUCGACGCACGCACGCGACUGGGAAGGAAGAAAAAGAGAAGAAUAUGAUUGUCAAGCAGCACUUGGUCUUCAUCCUCUACAGCCUCUGCGCAAGCGUCUUUAAAGGUAGCCAAGGUCAGUUCCCCAUCACUCAGAAUGUGACCGUGGUGGAGGGGGCCGCAGCCAACAUGACCUGUCGUGUGGAUUACAAUGAUAACACUUCCCUCCAGUGGUCGAACCCUGCACAGCAGACCCUGUUCUUCGGGGACAAGAAAGCUCUGAGAGACCACAGAAUCGAGCUGGUGCGAGCCACGUCGCAGGAGCUCACCAUCAAAAUCGGUGACGUCAGCCUGUCGGACGAGGGCCAGUACACCUGCUCGCUCUUCACCAUGCCUGUCAAGACCACCAAGGCCUUCCUCACUGUUCUGGGAGUGCCGGGCCGGCCGGAGAUCACAGGAUUCACCAAGCCGGCCAUGGAGGGCGACGUGAUCACCCUGACGUGCACCACAUCCGGCAGCAAACCAGCCGCCCACAUCCGCUGGUUCCGAAACGACAAGGAGGUCCAAGGAACCAAGGAGCUGAACGCCACAGGUAAAUCUUUCACCGUCAGGAGCAGCCUCCAGUUGCAGGUGGACAAGCGGGACGACGGCGUGGCCUACACCUGCAGCGUGGAGCACGUGUCCCUGUCCAACCCCUACAUGACCACCGAGGUUCUGGAGGUCCACUAUGCUCCCCAUCUGGACAUCGCACACUCAUUGCUCAUUCCACAAGAAGGGCAAUACUUCAAAUUGGAGUGCGUGUCCAUAGGCAACCCAAUACCUGAUUCGGUGCUGUGGUCCAAAGACGGAGGCGAGCUGCCCGACAUCGAGCGCAUGAUCGUGGAGGGGAGAGACCUCACCAUCACCACGCUCAACAAAACAGACAACGGCACAUACCGCUGCGAGGCCAGCAACCACCUGGGGACCAGCAGUGCCGAGUACACACUGUUUGUCUACGAUCCUAACGCUCUGGGACAACACGGACCGGAUCACGCUUUAAUCGGCGGCGUCGUUGCAGUCGUGGUCUUCAUCACCUUGUGCUUGAUAAUAGUUCUCGGGCGAUAUCUGGCCAGACAUAAAGGGACGUAUCUAACGCACGAGGCCAAAGGAGCGGAGGACGCCCCCGACGCCGACACAGCCAUCAUCAACGCCGAGGGGAACCACGUGCACGCAGAGGAGAAGAAGGAGUACUUCAUCUAGACUUCACUCUUCUCCUUCGCUUCAUGACAACGUGUGACAGCAGACAUGCAAUUUGUACUUGCCUCAGCAUCACUGUCUGUUUUUAACUUAACUCCAUAUUCUUUUAUCCAUGCUCUGAUAGGCUGGUUUUGUAAGCAUCCGCUGGUAAUAAUCGCCUUCUCCUUUUGUAAAGCAUUGUGCCCCAUGUGCAGCUGGAUCAUUUUCCAUUUCACUUUUUUGCGGUGCCUAAUUGCUGUGUACACUUCUGGCAGUUUUUUUUUUUUAUUUUGUAAAAAUUCAGAAGCGACAAGAAAUGUGCUUCAGUUCAACUUUGGAUUUAACUUUUCUGGCUUUUUUUGGCUUUCACCACAGAUUAUGUAAAGUCCAUAGAUUUAUCAGACAUUGACAUCAAAAUAAUAUUUUUAGGGAUUGGAUGUUCCCGGGUGUUGCCUGGAGUUUUUUAAACCCCCUCCACAGCCAUGUACUACACAUCUUUUUAAAACAACGUCACACAACCGACCAGACACACAAACAAAAACGUAGAAGCACAAUCAAGUGCGAUUGUCUCCAGAUGAAAUCGACUCCCACUUCUCGCUGUCAAUGAUUUCUUUUCCAGCUUUUUUUUUUUACAUUUAUUACUCAUGCUGUUGAUUUUUGAGAACAAGUCAGAAAAUUAAAGCACAAAGUCUGAGGACUAACACAGAGAAGGGAAAACACAUCAACCGU